UGGUGUUUACUAGAUGUUUAUGCAAUCGUCCCAUGAAUACAAGUAUACGUUUUGCUCUCGAGUUCGCAGGCGAAUCGUCGUCGUUCUAUUACUAUAUAUAUAACUAAAUAAACGAGAUAAUGGCGCGAUAUAAUAUACACGCAAAUAUUAAAUGAAUAUCAAUUAAUAACGUGUACUAAACAGUCAAGUAUAACAGCUAGUUACAGAAGUAUUUUUAGAUCGCAUUGCUUGCUUGCUGCGGUCUACUGCACAAUAUGGGACCGAGUGCUUCCUUAUCAUUAGUCGCAAUGUUUCAUUUGGUACGUUCAAAGAACUUUUACGAGAUGGAAACUGAGUACAACAAAAACAUGCUUCCAGGCAAAAACGUAGAUGUAUCACUAUCAUUGCACAUUAAUCGAAUAUCUGGCGUGGACGAAAGCAAAGAGGAAAUAGCGUUGGACGUGUUUUUGCACGUUUACUGGGAAGACCCACGAAUCUGGAUUUUAGGAAACACGAGUCAAGUGGAGCUGACCUGGGACAAGGACCCGAAAUUUUGGAUCCCUGACCUGUACAUCAGACAACUGAGAGAGAUGAAGGUGUUAACUCUAUUCCAGGACUUAGCGUCGAUACGUUUGUACGACAACAGCACGCUCCGGAUUAGCAUUGGAGCGACUAUAAUAAUCAAAUGUGACAUGGACUUCGUACUUUAUCCGUUGGAUGUACAGACUUGCGCUGUAGACUUCGGCAGCUACAAAUACACGUUGACAGACAUGAAAUUCCAUUGGAGAGACGAUCCAUUGAUUUUCCCCAGCGAUUUUGGCGAUGGAUUUCGAUUGCCUCGUUAUGUUGUAUCGUUUGUCACUGAUAAUCGUUUGAAUGUGAUUUAUUACGGUGAUGGCAAUCAUUCCACGGCCAGGCUUGUAAUUACGCUCAGUCGUGAACUCAGAAGUCACCUGCUAGAAAGCUACUUGCCAAGUACUUUAUUCGUUGUCAUGUCUUGGGGCAGCUUUGUAGUAAUGCCCGAAGUUGUACCUGGUAGAAUGGUGCUACUGGUCACAACACUUCUGUCACUGGUCACUAUGUUCGAUACCAUAAGCAUACAUGGUGCUUUUGUCUACAAAUGGAGCAAUGUAAAAAAGAACAACUCGCCGAGCGCGCUUGAACUGAAAUGCAUUGAAGUAUGGCUGAUAUCAUGCACGCUGUUUGUAUUCCUGGCACUGGUCGAGUACUUUAUCGUGCUAUUCGGCAUGCGAUACGAUAAACAUUGGAGGCAUAAAAAACAUGAUCUAGACGGCGGCGGAAGUGCUCCAAGCAGACCGCCAUUGUUUGGGUCCAACAAAGUUCACGCAACAUCCGGAAACGAUGUGACUGGAGACGAAGAUAUGACUAUAAAAGCUCAACUUCCUACAUCACAGCAACAAGUAUUAACGACGAAUAACGGACCAGUGCAGGUGGUUACAUCCACUGGAAAACUACGAUUCCGGUUGGUCGCCAGACAUGUCAUAUUGUAUUGCGGAUCGCCAAGAGGCACCCUGGACCAGGUGUCAUUAGCACUGUUCCCACUGUGCUUUAUCCUUUUCUCCGUCUUGUACUGGAUAUCAUACAUUACCGAGUCUAGACGAAAAUCGAUGGCGGCGAUGGUCUGAGCGUCUUCAAAAAAAAUAUUAUAUGGCCAGUGUCAAGUGUGUACCGACUACAUCAUACUACAGAUAUUAUUUUAUUAUAUGUUAUUAUGAUGUUUAUUUUGUAUUUUUAAGAAUCGUUUUUCUUUUAUACUUAUCUAUAGAGUUAGUAUAGCAUCUAGAUAUUUAAACUUUUUUAAGU